AUGCAGCUACGAUCAGCUGCUCCGGCCCUACGGGGGGCGCGGUUCGCCCGGCCGAUGUCACGGCCUGCCUGUUCAGAGUGCCUACGGGCCGUGUCGCCCCAGCUGAGGAUACGACAGUCCAAGGCGCUCUAUCACUCGUCCAACAAGAGGUCCUCCGCAUGGGCAGCCGCCGUGUCAGUGGCUGGGAAUGUGGUCAACAACGCCAUUUCGCGGGCGAAGAAGACGGACCUCGGCAUCGACCCAUUGCGCAUCGUGGCCAAGGAGAUGAAGUUUCUGACGGGCAACAUCCGGAAGCUGCUUGGCUCAGGCCAUCCCUCGCUCGACAGGGCCGCCAAAUACUAUACCCAGGCGGAGGGCAAGCACGUCAGGCCGCUGAUCGUGCUCCUCAUGUCCAGGGCCACCCACCUGUGCCCCAAGGCCCCGAGCCAGCUGCCUGCCCAGACCUCGACAGGCAUCGACACCUCGAUAUCCCCUCUCAAUAUUCUCUCCGACGCCAAUCCUUCAUCAAACAUCGCCGGCUUUGUCCCUCAACCCGAAUCGGACACGACGGCCGAUCUCGACAUCCUCCCAUCCCAGAGGCGGCUAGCUGAGAUCACCGAGCUCAUCCACACCGCUUCGCUCCUCCACGACGAUGUCAUCGACCAUUCUGUCUCGCGCCGCGGCUCACCCUCCGCCAACCUCGAAUUCGGCAACAAGAUGGCCGUGCUAGCUGGCGACUUCCUCCUUGGUCGCGCUUCCGUUGCGCUGGCCAGGCUCAGGAAUGCCGAGGUGGUCGAGCUGCUCGCCACGGUCAUUGCCAACCUGGUCGAAGGAGAGUUCAUGCAGCUGAAGAACACAGAGCGCGACGAGUCAAAUCCAGUGUGGUCAGAAGAGACCCUGACGUACUAUCUGCAAAAGACGUAUCUCAAGACCGCCUCGCUCAUCAGCAAGAGCUGCAGAGCAGCGGCGCUGCUAGGCAACACGGAUCCCGCCACCGUCGAGGCUGCCUACGCUUAUGGGAAGAACCUGGGUCUCGCCUUCCAGCUUGUUGACGAUAUGCUCGACUACACGAGGACGGAGAAGGAGAUGGGCAAGCCUGUUGGAGCAGACCUCGAGCUUGGUCUUGCGACUGCGCCAUUGCUGUUUGCUUGGAAGAACAACCCCGAGCUCGGUGCGCUUGUAGGAAGGAAGUUCGAAAGGGAGGGUGACGUGCAGAGGGCCCGGGACCUCGUGCUCCAGAGCGAUGGUAUCGAACAAACACGGGCACUGGCCCAGGACUACUCGGACCAAGCCAUUGCGGCCAUAAGUGCCUUCCCCGACAGCGAUGCGAAGGACGGCUUGAUUGAGAUGGCAGUCAAGACCAUCCAGAGGCGGAAGUAA